AUGCUGAGCAGAGCGCUAUGUGUGGGGCUGGUAGCUACUGCUUGCUAUGCGGUCGGAAAGGCAAUUCCUGAGCCGUAUAUGGACGAGAUAUUUCACAUACCCCAGGCUCAAAGGUACUUUUUGGGAAAUUUCAAGGCCUGGGACCCCAAGAUCACCACCCCGCCGGGGCUUUACUAUGUCGGCUAUAUUGCCUCGCAAGCUGUGCAGAGUGCGUCGGUCCCUGUUUUACGGUCAGUUAAUGGAAUUGGUUUAUUUUUAGGCGCUCAUUUGGUUUCUAAUAUCUUAGAGCGGCGCGAUCUGUUUUAUUUGCUCAUGACUUUUCCAUUGCUCGCGUUCUAUGCUCCUCUGUACUACACAGAUGUCUGGGCCAGUAUGGUGGCUUUAAUUGGUAUCAGCUUCACCCUUCGGGGGCGGCACUUUUGUAGUGCAUUUGCUCUACUUUUUUCCUUGCUUUUCCGCCAAACGAAUGUUGUUUGGGCGAUGUUUGCCGGUGCCCUAGCCGUUUCGGGAGUUAGAAUGCCCAAACGUGCGAGCCAACGGGAUGAUCUGGUAUCUCAACUUUGGGAGUGUGUUGACAGCCUUCAGCAGCCCUCCAGGUAUCUCCCUUACUUUUGUGUUGGGCUGCUCUUCGCCGCGUUUGUCAAAGUAAACGGUGGAAUCACUCUUGGCGAUGCAGAUAACCACACGGUGAGCUUCAACCUACCGCAGUUGUUUUAUUUUGCUCUGUUUUUGGCGUUCUUCUCGGUUCCCCUGAUCCUGACCAACCCUUGGCCUCGUUCUUAUCUCAAGCGGCUGGGCUCAACGGUCGGACUAGUUUUCUCUGCCAUUGAGGCUGCACUGAUCGGCUUGACUGUGGAGAAAUGCACAAUUGUCCACCCCUUUGUGCUGGCGGAUAACCGCCACUACGUUUUUUAUUUAUGGCGAAGGAUCUUGCACCCACCCCAAGCUGCCUCGCUACAGUUCGCCAUUGUGCCGGUAUACCAGGCUUGUCUGGCGUGGUUGCGGUAUAACCUAUCUGCCCGUGUUGAGCAUAUUGCUUACUGGGGCGCAGCACUGCUGGCCUUGAUUCCGUCGCCGCUUCUUGAGCCGCGAUACUACGCCAUGCCUUACUUGGUCUGGCGGAUUGUUCUCGUUCCCAAACGGGUUAUGCUUUAUGAAGUCUUGUGGUACAUUACGAUCGACAUUAUAACUUGGACGGUGUUUUGCCGAAGUAGCACGCACUUUAUGUGGUAA